AUGGCCCCCAAGAGGAAGCGCCACGACGAGGAGCUGCUGGCCCAGUGCGUGGCUCGCGUGCUGGCGGGGGAGACGGCCACCGCCGUGAGCAGAGACACGGAUAUCCCGUACACGACGCUGAUGAACCGCGUGCACUGGAAGAAAACCGGUUACGAGCCGGCCGCCAAGAGGAGGCAGCAGGUGCAAAUGGCGGCACUUUUGGCCCCCGCUGGGGAGGGCUCACCCUCAGACGCAGCUUCAGUUGCUGCAAGUGCAAGUGCAAGUGCAAGUGCAAGUGCAACACGUCAGGCUGCACCCCCAUUGGCGGAGGUGGACGAGGAGAUCCUGCUGGUCAUGGCGAGGAUGCAGCGCGCAGGCGUGAAGGUCCGGCGGCGAGAUGUUUUAAACAAGGCCAACGAGAUGAAGGAGCCCGAGGCCGCAGAGUGCGGCAUCCAGUGGUUCCAGCGCUUCCGAGAUCGCCACGCGGAGGUGUCGGGCCCUGGUACCAGUUUAGUGCUGGCCGAGAGCACGGUGGAGCAGCUUUUAGGGUCUCUGGAGGAGGAGGUUGAGACGGUGGGGGGCAGAGAGGAGCAGAAGAAGCAGAAGGAGCAGCUCACGCCCUCGCAACGAGCGGUCCAAGAGCUGCAGAGUUGCUAUGCAGAGCAGCUGGACGCGGAGGACAUGGUGGACGCCUUCGACAUCAUGGCGGACCCCGUGAUGGCGCGAGUCUUUCUGGUCAUCGCACCUGGCCAACUGAGGGACUUGUGGUUGAAGCGGAGGAUCGAGAAGGUGCGCGAUGAUGAAACUAGUGAUGCUGAUAUGAUCGAACACGUUGCAUCUGCUACUUAA